AUGUGUGGACGAUACGCAUUAGGCAUUCGUGCCUCCUUCGUCCGCUACCAGCUUGAGCAGCAAGGUAUGCCCGUUGAUGAAGCACCGGAAGAUGAUGAAGCGCGAGAGACGUACAACUUCCCCCCAGGUUCAUACGGCCUAGUAUACCGAGCAGAUGUCCCAGACCACGGUGUAAGAGACACAGACGACUCCGGACCCAGCAGUACUGCACCACAAGACGAGCAACACGAGGAACAGUUUCCGCAGCACGAUGGGGCUCAAGAGUCCGUCGCGCCCGCAGCCAGCCAGCCGAAACACUACAACUACCAGAUCAAGGUCAUGAAGUGGGGGUUGAUCCCUUUCUGGACGAAACGCUCCCCUGAUUACGGCUCAAUGUUGCGCACAAUAAACUGUCGCGACGAUUCUCUCCUCGAAAACAAGGGCAUGUGGAAUACGAUGAAGCAGAAGAAACGCUGUCUGGUGAUUGCGCAGGGAUUCUACGAGUGGUUGAAGAAGGGGCCAGGUGGCAAAGAGAAGAUCCCACACUUCGUCAAGCGAAAAGAUGGGCAGUUGAUGUGUUUCGCUGGUCUGUGGGAUUGUGUCAAGUAUGAGGAUACGGAGGAGAAAUUGUACACAUACACGAUCAUCACGACGGACUCGAACAAACAGCUAUCGUUCUUGCAUGAUCGAAUGCCGGUCAUUCUCGAGCCAGGUACAGAAGAAGUCAAGCUUUGGCUAGAUCCGACGAGAAAUAAGUGGUCCAAAGAACUCCAGGCUCUUCUGAAACCGUACCAGGGAGAAUUAGAAUGCUAUCCCGUCAAUCAGGCUGUAGGCAAAGUGGGCAACAAUUCCCCUAGCUUCAUUGUGCCGAUCGACAGCAAGGAGAACAAGAAGAAUAUCGCAAACUUCUUCAAGAAUACUCCACCAAAGAAGACCAAAGGGAAGGUCGAAGAAGAGCCGGAAGAAGACAGAGAGACGGUCGAACACGACGGAACUGAAAACAAGGCACCCUUGCCUGCGACCGCGAACCCGGUAGAGGAAAAGCGCGGACAAAAGCGAACACACGAGGACGAGGGCGAAGAAAGUCCAACCAAGAAAGUUGCGAAAAUCCCCUCUCCGCCGUCUCCUGUGAAGUCCCUUCCGAAAGCUGUAGGGGGCAAGAAGCCAAAGAGUGCGACAAGCAACAAGAAUAUGACGCUCAAAAGCAGCCCAGCAAAGAAAACCGAGUCCGGGACGCGGCGCAUCACCAAUUUCUUCACCAAGUGA